ACUCUUCUUCACUAUCAGGAGCUGCGAAGGAAGUCAGUUGUCAGUUGGGCAUUGCGAUUUCCUGCUGUGCUGAAUUUUGGUGCGUUUCGUGGCUCUAAUCGGGAAUGGAUAGCGGCAAGUAAAAAAAGCCUACAAAGUAAACAAUCUGCCGUGUGUGCAUAUUUGAAGUUAGAAGGAACCAGCCAUGGAUAUAAACGUUGAAGAGUUUAUGCAAAAUUCCACCAAAGGGUACAACUUCCAGUACCUUAACGUGAAGGACCUGAACCGAAUAAUUCGCAACGUGCAGCGAACCGUAGAUGUUCAAAGUAGUAAACCGAUAGCCAAACAACCCAUUUCGGAACCGACUCCCAAAUCAAUAACGGAAAACUUUCUAACACGCACCGAAGUUGACUGCAUCCUGAAGCAGGCCGAGGAAGAUUUACUGGAACCGUCCGGGCAGCCCGAUGUUUUGGAAAUCGAUCUUCAGCCAGCUACUACGGCUCCUGAACCGGCAAACGAUAAUCACAGCAGUAGCAGUUCCUCAACGUUGUCCGCAACUACCUCGACUUCGUCAAUUAUCUUCUCUCCCUCCCGGGAAGGAACCACCGACGAUGUGGCUGACGUCGAAGAUAACUUGUUCGUCGAUGAUGACUUUGAUUUCGAAGAUCAAUUGAUCACGACUUCUAGGGAAGAAAAUCGUGCCACCAAACAAGAAAUCGAGGAUCUUCAAUCGUUGGAUACGUAUUACGAGUUUUUGGAUUCGGAAUCGAUCGCGGAGGAAGUGCUGCUCGCGCCGGAAGAUCAGGACGGAGAUUCCGAGGGAUCAUUGAAUGUGGCUCCCGUAGUAAUACGGGUGCGAACUCCAGUGCGACCACGAUCGAAUGUGCCUUUGACGGAGUCUUGCGAUCACGAUUUUUACGACGCGAUGGAUGUUGUUAAACCAGUUAUUGAUUUUGAGAAGAUUGAACGAGAGAGUCGGCGAAGCAGAGGAAAGAGUAGCGUUUCGGUAGCGAGAUCAGCUUCCCAAUGCCGAAGUCGUCCAGCGUCCGAGAAAUCUCUGAUAGAAGAGUUCGAUACAUUUAUUAAAAUAACCGAGCUACAGAAGAAAAUUUGUAUGCUGAUCGAUGAUGUGCGACUUGGAGUUGGUAAAAUUGAGGAGAUUGAGGACGUUUUAGAGGAAAAGAAGCGGGAGAAGCGAACGGCAGAGUUUUUAGUGCGCUUUCAACGGAAUUAUCUGUACCAAAUCAAUAGAAUUGAAGAAGAUGUUUGUGUGAUUUCGAAGAGUUCCCCGGAACUUUCCCAGAAAGUGUAUCAGUUGUACAAGUUCGUUUACGAUGGGUUGAAGUUUUAUUUAAAAAACAUGAAGUACUUUGUGAUAAAUGUAAGCCCGGAGAAGUUGUGGUCCCUGGUUAAACAGAUCAUGAGUUCAACGAAGGUGUGCAUCCAGAAGGGGAUUUUUGACGAAGAUGAUCUGAUUGUUGGGGAGAUAAACGAAAAGUGUCACGCUUUAAGGCAUCGCCUCAAAGAGGAAGCUAGUAGGUUGAAAACUAAAAUGAAAGCAUCAAGGGAUUCCAAGAGAUCCGGAAGUGUGCUGCGUAAUUCCACUCAGCAUACAACUAAACUCUCGAUGUAUGGAGCCGUAAGUGCUCCACCAAAACGACGGCCACCAGUUCGGAAGGUUCCAAAACCAGUUAAAAAGCCCACCGAGAAACCCAAAAACGAUCUUCCUAAGGAACCUUCCAAAGAUCUUUCCAAAAGACCAGGUCGAGGUAAAAUAAUUGCUGUUCCAAUGAACAAAUCUAGCUCAUCUUCAUUGGGUCAAAGCAAAAGUUCAACCCGACUUCGGUCGGCCAAAUCGCCUCGAACCAAACCAUUGGAUGAGGACGUUGUUACACAGAUCCAAACGCAGGCCGAUCCUUUAAUAAACUCCCGGCUCCUGAAGGAAGUCUCCAGUGCUUUGACGAAACUGUCUAGCAAUCGAGAUGCUGCCAUCAGUCCCGAAGUGAACCAACAACUACACCAACUGAUCAUGGAAACCAUCCAGAAUAUCACCAGACAGCAGCUCAAAGAAUUUUUGGAGCAACCAAUCACUAACAACGGGCACAAGGUUCCAAAUCAACCUCCGAUUCGCACCAAUCGAACUUGUCCUGGCGAGGAAACAGUAGAAGGGGCAGGUCCUAUUGCCGGAGCAGAAUUUCAACCGUCCGAAGCAACCGAAGUCCCGGGUGCAACUGGCCGGGACCAAGCCGUGGAAAAGUGUUUUUCCACUCAGGGCAAGCAAAAAUUACAGCAACAACCUCCUCCUCAACAGUCAACAGCUGUGAUGCCGGAGGUGGAAAAUUCGCAACACGAUCGUGGAGAGCGAAAUGAUGAUGACGAUUUCGACGGCCGUCGACCGUUUGCUGGCCCGGUGGGGGAUUGUGAAUCCGGAAAAACUUUCCCCUGUGGCAAUGCCAACCAGAUCUGGAUUGGGAAAAGUGACGAUCUGGAGAUCACCGGAGGUGGUGGCGGGAAAAUGAUGGAACCUCUUGAAGGAGGUGCCGAAAAUCAACCGCUCUCUAAUGGGCGAGAAUUUAUCGCGCCAGGUCAAAGGGCUGGUUUUGCAGCCGGGAAAUUUGAAAAUCACUUGGUCGAAGAUGGUCAGCAUUGUCGGCAGCACCAGCAGCAUAAGAUGGAAGCCAAUGGUCGGCAACGGGAAAAUAGCUUGCUGGAUAGUCGGAAGCGAGGCAUCCAACCAACGCAACAACGACAGCAAAAGAUCAACUACUCGCACAACCUCCAAUAUCUGGAGAUCGUCUCUCCACCGGAUGGAGACCCUCCCAAGCAACCAUCCAACGCAGGAAUCAACCGCACCGCAAUUCCGGAAGCCCGCUCUCAUCUGAACUUGGUCAACGAGACCGCCGUCCGGGAGCGGAAACAGCAACGCAAACAGUUGUACGCCCAGCUCAAGCGCCAAAUCUUCCGGGACCGGCUGGAGGCCGUCCGCCGAAUGUCCCAGAACCCAAUCUACGUGAAUGGGAACUUUGAUCGACCGUGGCAGACGGUGUCCCGGAUAUCGGACCAGCUGGUCGAUGAACUGGUACAGGAAACGACCGAACAGGGACUGGACUUUGGGGAACGUUCAUUCGUGGAGGAUUUCAUUAGGUUGCAGCUCGGCGAAGGAUGAUGAUAAGUUAUUUCUUAUGAGAAGGUAUAUUUCAAUAAAGGGCAACAUUUGUGAUA